AAUAUUUAUCAAGUAAUCGUUUAUUUAUCUUUAAGAAACUUAUUUCAAAUCCAAAUUCAAAUUUAACGUUUCCUACCGAUAACAAUCGACUUGGAAAUUAUCGGUAUUUCUCAGUGAAUGGCAGAGUUGCCAACGAAGCGAAAAAUAUUAAAUUGACAAUAAAACGCAAAUUCCAUAAUAGUUCUGAUUGUAAUAUCCUUAAAUAUGAGUCUGGUUCGUCUACGGUCGUUGCGUAAUCUGCAAUGUAACACUUUUAGCUCCUUGUGGAAUAACUUUGCCCGUUGCACCACCGCUGUGAAUGCCGGCAAAAUCAGCAACCAUAUCAGUGACCCGGCCGCCAUUAGAACGCUGAAAACUUUUUCGGCAGGAAGCGAAUAUCCCAUUUUAACCAAAGAAUUCGCAUUUACUGGAGCCAAACGAAAUUACUCGAGCAAAGCUAUUGCCAAGACAAUGGAGGAACACUGCGUGGUACCCGAUGUUAUCGAAAAGGCCCCGACGGCCACCGCCACUGUCGAGUACCCAUGUGAUAUCAGCGUAAAGCCGGGCCAGAUACUGACCCCCACCCAGGUGAAGGAUGAACCGUGUGUUAAGUGGGAGGCGGACAGCUCUAAGCUCUACACCCUAUGCAUGACCGAUCCGGAUGCCCCCAGUCGCAAGGAACCCACGUUCCGCGAGUGGCACCAUUGGCUGGUUGGCAAUAUUCCCGGCUGUGAUGUCUCGAAAGGAGAGGUGCUCUCCGCCUACGUGGGAUCAGGUCCUCCGAAGGACACUGGUCUCCAUCGGUACGUUUUCCUCAUUUAUGAGCAGAGAUGCAAGCUGACCUUCGAUGAGAAGCGCCUGCCGAACACCAGCGGCGAAGGUCGUGGAGGAUUUAAGAUUGCAACAUUUGCCAAGAAGUACGCCCUCGGCACUCCCGUGGCUGGCAAUCUGUAUCAGGCGGAGUACGACGACUAUGUGCCCAUUCUCUAUAAGCAGUUGGGAGCUUAAGGGUCGAACCCUAUUGUGAUUCCACGAGCAGCAUAAUUAUAUAAUUGCACCAUGGAUUGGUUUCGAAAACUGCAAACGUUUAAAUAAUGCCAUAAAAGACUUUGUAACCCUUUGACGGGCAAUUAAAUUGUUAAAGAAUUGGGAAAAA